UUUCAUCGUUCAUUUUCGACGGGUAGGUUUUCGCAGACGGACGGAGCAAAGAUUUGUGCAUCGAAAAUUGCAAUUUUUCACAUUUAAAGCCGUGUGUGCUGCACCACAGACAUUGGAAAAGCGUCUACCGCACUUGUGCGAAAACACAGAUCCACAAAGAAAACGCGGCUAUAAGGCGAUUGGCCGCAAAUUUGACCCGAAACUGGAAGGCAAUUUCGUGUGAAAAAAAGAAAAGAAAAAACGAAGGAAAAGAAGAGCAGAGGUUGAAACCGUCGAGAAAUCGUUCGUUGUCGCGCUCGCUAUAAUUGUUUGCUUUUUGGCCAGAGAAAUUUGUGUGCCUGUUGGCAUAAAGCACUUAAUAAGAGUUUUUAUUCCGGUGUAAGUGCUCAGUGAAGUAGAGUACAAGAUGAGCGGGGGAUUGCCGGAGUUGGGCUCCAAAAUAAGCCUCAUUUCCAAGGCGGACAUUCGAUACGAGGGCCGCCUGUACACCGUGGAUCCGCAGGAGUGCACCAUUGCGCUCUCGAGUGUGCGAUCCUUUGGAACGGAAGAUCGGGACACCCAGUUCCAGAUAGCGCCGCAGUCGCAGAUCUACGAUUACAUUCUUUUCCGGGGAUCGGACAUCAAGGACAUUCGCGUUGUCAACAACCACACUCUGCCGCACCACAAUGACCCGGCGAUCAUGCAAGCGCAGCUCCAGAAUGCACCGCCCCAGAUGCCGCAGCACUUUCCCAUGCCAAGCGGGAUGAAUGCUCCGCCACAGCAACAGCAGCAGGUCCCCUCGCAGCAGCAGCAGCCUCCUCAAAUGCCAGGAGGUGGAGGUGGUAAUGGUGGCGCCGGCGGUAAUGCUCCCGGAGGGGGCGCCCCUGGCUAUGGCAAUGGAAACCCGUUCGGCAAUCUGGGCGGCCCGAAUCUUGCAAAUAUGGUGGGCAAUGCGGGAGGAUCUCUGGCUCCCGGAUCCGGAGCCCCGGGUAGUGGACCUUUUAUGCACAUCGGCGGCAAUCAGCAACAGCAGAAGCCCCAGCAGCAGAAACAGCCAAUUUCCGUUCUAGACAUGCUGGCCGGAGCCUCGCGCUCGACGACGCCUAUUAGCCUGAUUGUGAGUCCCACGGCGGAGCUGACCCAGCAGCAGCAGAUGCACCAGCAACAAAACGCUGGCCAGGGUGGCAACGGACGCGAUGCAGGACAUAAGCGCCAGAACCAUCAGCAGCACCAGAAUCAGCAGCAAGGGCAACAGCAGCGCGGUGGUCCCAGCCACAACAAUAUGCAACAGCAGCAGCAACGCGGAGGCAGUGGCGCGGACUUCUAUAACCAGCGGGAUCGUCGUGAUUCCGGCCGUCAAAUGGAUAAUAACUACAGCAACAAUUAUAAUAAUAAUCAGCGUAAUCGCGGUGGCGGUAAUGGAAUGCAACAGCAGCAGCAGCGAGGAGGAAACGGCGGCGGUGGCGGAAACGGAGGUGGUAACAACCCAGCCUGGAACAUGCAUCGCGGUGGCCAGAACUCAAACAACAUGAUGAUGCGUAAUCGCGGAAUGGGAACCCGCGGCCCAAUGAGACCCAAUCAGGGCUAUCGUCCGAACUCGGCCAAUCAAAACAAGCCCCGUAACAAGAUCAAGUUCGAAGGUGACUUUGAUUUUGAGCAGGCCAACAAUAAGUUCGAGGAACUGCGCUCCCAGCUGGCUAAGCUUAAGGUUGGCGAGGAUGCCGCCACCAAGCCAACACCUAAUUCGACGGCAACCACUGCAACUGCAACCAAUGAGCAGGUGGGUGAGAAGGUUGAAGGCGUCCAUACAUUGAAUGGCGAGACCGACAAGAAGGAUGACUCUGGCAAUGAGACCGGUGCUGGUGAACACGAACCGGAAGAGGAUGAUGUGGCUGUGUGCUACGACAAGACCAAGUCGUUCUUCGACAGCAUCUCUUGCGAGGCUGCCCAGGAUCGCAGCAAGAACAAGAAGAACGAUUGGCGCCAGGAGCGCAAGUUGAACACGGAGACUUUUGGAGUGUCCUCCACACGACGUGGAAGUUACCGCGGACGCAACCAUUACUACAACAACAACGGUAAUAUGGGAGGAACGGGCAACGGUGGCAUGAACUCGGGAUACGGAGGAGCGUCUGGCUAUAACCGUAACAACUAUCGCAUGGGCGGCGGUGGCAACUACCGCAAUCGGAGCAACAAUCGCAACAACGGAGGUGGCCGUGGAGGAAACGGAAUUCCAAACAUCACCAACGGCAAUGCCAAUACGGCUGCUGCGCUGAAGGCGGCCAACAACGUGGGAUCGGGAUCAAAUACCACGGAAUCUAAUGCGCCUAACGCCACAACUACGACGACAAAGUCUACGUCCCUCUUGCCAGAGCAGACGCAACAGGUGGCGGCAGUUUCUCAAUAGUGCCGCCCAGCCAGUGGAGAACCACUUUAAAUAAAAACACAAAGUAAUAGAUGCGAAUUAAGAAAAAAGUAAAUAUCCUAUUCUUUGCAAAGCUAAUUAUUCGAAGCAACCCAAUCAACCGACCGACCGAACGAUCGACGACACACAGGCUCUUAUUAUCAGGAAUUUCGAGUUAUGGAUCUAACGGCAUAAUAUAUUUGUAUAAUUAAAUUUAGUGUUACAAUUCUCACUACGUCCUGGGGCACACAUCGCUGCCUGCCCACCACCAACACCGUAUGCUUGGCGAUAAUAAGCGCUUAACUAACGACUAGCGACUGUGAACCGGCCAUCUGUUAGGUUUUGUGUAAAUGGCUGGUUCCAACGCCUUUCGCUGAGCAAAAAACACGGUAAUGAUGAUAACGAGAGGAGGAGGAGAUAAUGAUGGCAUGCCUACAUACAUACAUAUAUUUAGUAAUAGAUGUGAAGAACAUAGUAAGCAUAAGUAUAUGAAAAGCUACAAAAAACAAAACAAGAGUUUAUCAGAUGCACGGAGAAUUAGCGGAGAUGAGUCGAUAACAAUAAUGAAAUUAAUGGAGCAAACCAAUUAAAUCCAUGGAAUUCCCAAAACUACAAAAUAAAAGCUAAUUAAUACGUUUUUAUUUGAAUGAAAGAGAAACACAAACCGAUUGUAAUACUGUAUUUCUUGUGGGCGUAAAACAUCGACCAACACUCGAACCGUUUUACUAGCAUUUAAAUAUAUUAUUUAAGAGCAUUUUAAAUAUGAAAAUGGAAAUAAAAUCGGCAGCUAAUGCUUGUUGGAAAAAGCA